UUCCCGACAGUGGACGGAAAAGUGACACUGUGCAGGCAAACUCCUUUCAUACAGAAUUCAAGGGUGGACAGUCGUCCUAUGUUAAUUAAAUCAGCGAACCUCAGUGGCAAUAAUGGCCACGUCGUAUCGUAUGUAUGUAUGUUUUUGCAUAAUUAUAGUAUAGGGUUCAUUCAGUCACGUAAAGGUAAAACUGUGUUGUUAGGACCAACAAAUGUUCACUCCAUAUCUCAUGGCGGUCACGUGACACCCAUUGACGACUGUAAACAAACCGUCAUUUCCUUCAUUUUAAUUUUUCAUUUUGACCUUACCUGGGUUGAAUUUUCCGUGUCCCCUUCGCUUUCUGCAACAAACUCUCACGGUUUUCAUCCUCUUCAUCGUCAAUCACGUGAACACACAUACAUAUAUAUAUAGAGAGAGAAAGAGAGAUAGAAAGAAAAUUACAUAUAGAGUUAAUAUCAUUUGUUUGAGUGUGUGUGUGAGUGAAGAAGAUGGUGCACACGGAUUCGAAUACGAAUACGAAUUCGAAUUCGAUGAGUCGGGAAGCGAGGCCUGGGAGCGCCCGUUACUUGGAAUUGUAUCCGGACAGGAAAAUGUCGUAUUUCGAGAAUCCAUAUGUUCUUAGUGUCACCGCAGCUGCUGGCAUAGGAGGACUCCUCUUCGGCUACGAUACAGGUGUUAUAUCAGGGGCCAUUCUGUAUAUUAAAGAUGAUUUUGAGGUUGUGCGGAGAAGUAGCUUCCUUCAGUUUGGCAGGAAACAAUUGUAAGCAUGGCAUUGGUUGGUGCAAUUAUUGGAGCAUCAACAGGUGGAUGGAUUAACGAUGUUUUCGGACGUAAGAAGGCCACCCUUAGCGCUGAUGUUGUUUUUAUUAUUGGAUCAAUUAUUAUGGCAGCUGCACCAGAUGCAUAUGUUCUUAUAUUUGGUCGUCUUCUUGUUGGCCUUGGUGUGGGUGUGGCUUCUGUCACUGCUCAUGUGUAUAUAGCAGAAUCCUCACCAGCAGAAAUAAGAGGUUCAUUAGUGAGCACAAAUGUGCUUAUGAUUACUGGUGGACAGUUUCUUUCUUACCUCAUAAAUCUUGUCUUUACCGAGGUUCCUGGGACAUGGCGAUGGAUGCUGGGAUUUGCUGGUUUGCCAGCUGUUAUUCAGUUUUUUGUGAUGCUUUGCAUGCCUGAGUCUCCAAGGUGGCUUUUCCGGAAGAAUCGGAAAGCGGAAGCCAUUUCUGUGCUUACCAAUAUCUAUAAUUAUGAACGCCUAGUGGAUCAAAUUGAUUACCUCACUGCUCUUUGUGACCAAGAACAUCAGAAACAGAAAACUAUUAGAAUCAUGGAUGUUUUCAGAUCAAAGGAAAUCAGAAUUGCAUUUUUUGUUGGGGCUGGACUUCAGGGUUUUCAGCAGUUAAGCGGUAUCGGCAUAGUGACAUACUACAGUCACACAAUCAUAGAGAUGGUUGGAUUUAAUUCCAAUCAAUUAGCUCUUCUUCUAUCCCUGAUUGUUGCUGGCAUGAAUGCUGCUGGAACAAUUGUUGGCAUUUAUCUAAUUGACCAUGCAGGGCGAAGGAAGUUGGCUCUCACAAGCUUGUCAGGUGCAAUUGUAGCUCUGGCAAUACUUUCUGCAGGGUCUCACCUUCAAGCAUCUGAACCAACAAAUAGAACCUAUGGUUGGAUUGCAAUUAUUGGGUUAGCCCUUUAUAUUCUUUUCUUUGCUCCAGGAAUGGGACCAGUGCCAUGGACUAUGAACUCAGAAAUCUAUCCUGAAGAAUUCAGAGCCGUGUGUGGGGGCAUGUCAGCCACAGUAAACUGGAGUUGCAGAUUGAUAAUGUCUAUGGGCUUUCUUUCCAUUUCUGAUGCUGUGGGACUUGAUGGGAGUUUCGUUAUUCUUUGUGUUUUAGCCGUGGUUGGAUUUUUCUUUGUGCUCUUCUUUGUGCCAGAGACUAAAGGAUUGACGUUUGAAGAAGUGGAACUCAUAUGGAAGAGGAGAGCCUUACACAAAGCCUUCUUGUCUGAGUUGUUGUGAGCUGCCAAUGUAAGGAGUGCAUCUGAAACAGAAAGCUGAGUAAAUUAUGCUUAAGUAUAUCAUGUCUUUGUUAAUUUUACAGUCCUGUUCUCCUUCUUUUGCUAGCUUGUCCUUACAUUUUAGAUUAGUUCUUGUAAUUCACCCUUUUCGAUGCCAUGAAAUCUUAUUAUUUGGAAACGAAUAUUUUUUUUUUGA